AUGUCACAACUGUCUCUGAUUCUGAUUCUGUUGGCGUUGCUAUGUGCAGUGAGAUUCAACACAAUCACUUGCUGCCAUGAGAGGGACCGACGUUCACUUUUAAGCUUCAAACAAGGCGUUGUUGAUCCCUCCAACCGCCUCUCUUCUUGGUCCACUCUCCCAGAUUGCUGCCAAUGGCAUGGAGUUCAGUGUGAUCGCAACAACAGAGUCGUUGGCCUUUCUCUGUGGGACGACGGGGAUUCAGAAUUACUGAGAGGUGAAAUCAACUUAUCUUCUUUACUUGCUAUUGAAUCUCUCGAAUGGUUGUAUUUGGACGGCAAUGACUUUGAACGCAUAAGCAUGGCGCCUAUCAAUAAUUCUGUUGCAACUCAUACCCAUUUGCUACCCAAUUCUUCUAAGCUUUCUUAUCUGGAUUUAUCACACAAUAUUCAUCUCCACGCUGAUAAUCUUCAUUAUUGGCUCUCUCGACUUCCGUCCCUGAUAUUUCUCGACCUCGGUGGCAUUCAUCUUCCUAGUGAAACCAAUUGGGUUCAAUCAUUGGCCUCGCUGCCUCUGGUGGAACUAUUUUUGAUUGAUUGUAAUUUGACCACCUCUAUUCUGUCUUUCCAGCUUGCCAAUUUUACCUCACUUUCAUCUCUUGAUCUUAGUCUGAAUGAUUUUGCAUUUGGAUUACCUAAAUGGUUGUUCAAUCUUAGCAAAGAUCAUGAUGGCUUUGAUCUUCAACUCAGUCAAUGCAAUUUGAGAGGUCAAAUUCCAGAUCUUUCAGGCUAUCGAAAUCUAUGGCGGUUAGAUCUAUCUAACAACAAACUCAAGGGGUCAAUACCUGAGUGGCUUGGCCAGCUUGAUAGCCUAACUAUCCUUGAUCUAUCUAAUAACUCGUUUCACAGUUCCAUUCCUUCUAAUCUCCUAAACGCAUCAGCUUCAUUAGACUAUUUAGAUAUUAGCAUCAACCACUUGAGUGGUCCGCUCCCAAACAUUCUUGGCCAAAAUAAGUCUGCCACCUCAAAUAGAGCGGAAACGUUAGAAAAUUGGCGGAAAGUAUUUGGACCUAUCAAAUAA